GUAACAUCAAAGUUUUGUACCCAGCCGGAAGCAUUUUAGUGUUGCACAAAACAAACCAACUAAACAUGGCGACGUGUGACAGCGGCAGAGACGUGCAAGAAGACUUAGACCAGCAUGAAGACUUAGACGUGCAUGAAGACUUAGACCAGCAUGAAGACUUAGAUGUGCAAGAAGACUUAGACCAGCAUGAAGACUUAGACCAGCAUGAAGACUUAGACCAGCAUGGGGACUUAGACCAGCAUGAAGACUUAGACCAGCAUGAAGACUUACACGUGCAUGAAGACUUAGACGUGCAUGAAGACUUAGACCAGCAUGAAGACUUAGACCAGCAUGAAGACUUGGAGGAGUCCGGCGCGGCUCUUUUCGGCAACUUUGUUAACUAUUACACCUUCAACCCCCCGGAGAACAGACUGAGUCUGAUCCCCGCCACGCUCCUCGCAGAUUUAGGCUACGUGGACGGCCGCCACUCCACCUUGCUGCUGGACGUGGGCUGCAACACCGGGGAGUUGAGUGUAGCACUGUACAAACACCUGGUGCAAAGCCCGCAAUCAAAGGUCCAUCUCCUGGGCUUCGACCUGGACGAGGCUCUCAUCCAGCGGGCGGCGCGCAGCAACCCUCUCCCCGACAGCGUCACCUUCACCCCGCUGGACAUGACGGGAGACUGCGCGCCGCUGCGGGAUCACCUCCGCCGGCACGGCUGCGCGCACUUCCACUUGACGCUGUGCCUGGCCGUCACCAUGUGGGUGCACCUCCACCACGGCGACGCCGGCCUGCUGCGGCUGCUCUCCCGCCUGGCGGAGCUCAGCCAGCACGUCCUGCUGGAGGCGCAGCCCUGGAAGUGUUACCGCGCGGCCGCCCGCAGGCUCCGGAAGCUGGGCCGUUCCGACUUCGAGCACUUCAAGGAGCUGAAGCUGCGGGGGGACGUGAGCGAACACGCCCGGCGACACCUGGUGGAGACCUGCGGCAUGACGCUGGUGCGGAGCUUCGGGCGCACCGCUUGGGACCGGAAGUUGUUAUUGUUCAGACGGAAGUGACGUCGGCGCAGUAAGAUUUUUUGUACCCUUAUUACCUUGACAAUAAAACAUAAAAGUACAUUUAUGAUUUACAUUUUCUAAUUGGCUUAAUGGUUUACAAUUAUCAAUCAAAUCUUUGGGGAUGAUUAAGAGUACAUAAGCCCUUAAAUUGAUAUAUUGGGGCGGUAUAGCUCGGUUGGUGGGGUUGCAGGUUCGAUCCCCGCUUCCGCCAUCCUAGUCACUGCCGUUGUGCCCUUGGGCAAGACACUUUACCCACCUGCACCCAGUGCCACCCACACUGGUUUAAAUGUAAACAUUAGAUAUUGGGUUUCACUAGGGAUAGGUUGAUUGGCAACACUCAAAUUGGCCCUAGUGUGUGAAUGUGAGUGUGAAUGUUGACUGUCUAUCUGUGUUGGCCCUGCGAUGAGGUGGCGACUUGUCCAGGGUGUACCCCGCCUUCCGCCCGAUUGUAGCUGAGAUAGGCGCCAGCGCGCCCCGCGACCCCAAAAGGGAAUAAGCGGUAGAAAAGAAAAAAAUAUAUGUAAAGCGCUUUGAGUCAUUAGAGAAAAAGCGCUAUAUAAAUAUAAUUCACUUCACUAUAUUUGUUAAAAACAUUUAAAGGCCUACUGAAAUGAGAUUUUCUUAUUUAAACGGGGAAAGCAGGUCCAUUCUAUGUGUCAUACUUGAUCAUUAUGCGAUAUUGCCAUAUUUUUGCUGAAAGGAUUUAGUAGAGAACAUCGACAAUAAAGUUUGUAACUUUUGGUCGCUAAUAAAAAAGCCUUGCCUGUACCGGAAGUAGCAGACGAUGUGCGUGUGACGUCACGGGUUGCGGAGCUCCUCACAUCUGAACAUUGUUUACAAUCAUGGCCACCAGCAGCUAGAGUGAUUCGGACCGAGAAAGCGACGAUUCCCCCAUUAAUUUGAGCGAGGAUGAAAGAUUUGUGGAUGAGGAUAGUGAGAGUGAAGGACCAAAAAAAAAAAAAAAAGAGGGCAUUGGGAGCGAUUUAGAUGUUAUUAGACACAUUUACUAGGAUAAUUCUGGAAAAUCCCUUAUCUGCUUAUUGUGUUAUUAGUGUUUUAGUGA